CUUUAAUAUUCACUUACACUAACUAUAAACAACAACUCACUCAACAAUCAACAAAUAUAGGAAAAAACUACAUAUUAAAAAGGCAGAAGGGAAAGCGGCGAAUUGCAUGUGACUGCAGCUUUCCUUCCCAACAACAGCUCCCAUCCUUCCUUCCCUAUAUAUAAUCUAGCCGCUCAACAGAAACCUCCAGAGCCCGCAAUUUAGUGAUCUGAUCACACUCAGCUCCGUCUCUCGCCACCUAUCUCUCUGUUUUUUCAUUAUUCUAAUCUCUCCGCCGGAAACAGAGUAAAAAAAUAAAAAAUGAUGGAGACGUGGAGGAAGAAGGCCGGCGUCGCGUGGGAGAAGGCCAAGCGCUCUCCCGCCCUGGCGUGCCGGAAAAUGUGGAGAGUCGGCAAGGACGAUCCCCGGCGAGCGAUUCACGCCGUCAAAGUCGGAUUAGCCCUCACUCUGGUCUCCAUGCUCUACCUCCUCGAGCCCCUGUUCGAAGGGAUCGGCCAGAACGCCAUUUGGGCCGUCAUGACCGUCGUCGUCGUCCUCGAGUUCACCGCCGGGGCGACUCUGUGCAAGGGACUGAACAGGGGAUUAGGCACGAUUUUGGCCGGUUCGUUAGCGUUUCUAAUCGAGUUCAUCGCCGAGGCAACAGGGCAAGUCGGCCGCGCCAUCUUCAUCGGCUGCGCGGUCUUCAUUAUUGGGGCGGCGGCGACUUACCUGAGGUUCUUGCCGUACGUGAAGAAGAACUACGACUACGGGGUCGUCAUCUUCCUCCUCACCUUCAAUCUCAUCACCGUCUCCAGCUUCCGAGUCAGCAACGUCAUGAGGAUCGCCCACGAGCGGUUCGUCACGAUCGCGAUCGGAUGCGGGAUCUGCCUGUUCAUGAGCUUGUUGGUGUUCCCAAUUUGGUCGGGGCAGGAUCUCCACAACUCCACCGUCAACAAGCUUCAAGGCCUCGCCAAUUCCAUCGAAGUUUGCGUGAAUGAGUACUUCAGUGAUGAAGCUGUGACAGAGGCUAGAGAAGAGAGCGACGAUGAGGAGAAAUCAUGUGACGAAGACCCGAUCUACAAAGGUUACAAGGCGGUUUUGGACUCUAAAUCGACUGAUGAGACUCUGGCGUUGUACGCUAGCUGGGAGCCGAGGCAUUCCAGGCAUUGUCGGUACCCGUGGCAGCAGUAUGUCAAAGUCGGAGCGGCUCUUCGUCGCUUCAGCUACACGGUUGUAGCGCUCCACGGAUGCUUACAGACUGAAAUCCAGGCGCCAAAAUCUUGCAGAGCCCUGUUCAAGGACCCGUGCGUCAGGCUGGCAAACGAGGUGUCGAGAGUGCUGAUAGAGCUCGCCACCAGCAUCGAGAGCAGGCGGCACUGCUCGCCCGAACUGCUCUCGGACCACCUCCACGACGCCCUGCAGGACUUGAACAAGGCGUUCAAGUCCCAGCCCAGACUCUUCCUGGGCUCCAACGGCAGCCAGGCCAGCAACAUGCUGGCCGUGGCUGCUGCACAGGCGCGCCAGCAGAAAGAGCGCGAUGAGGCAGGAGGAGGAGGAGUGGCACUUUCGAGUGCGAAGACGGACACGUCGGCGCUGAGGGAGUGGAAGAGGACGAGGAGCAAGAAGGAAUCCGGCGAGAGGAAGGUGCUGAGGCCGCAGCUGAGCAAGAUCGCGAUGCUGACGUGCAGCCUGGAGUUCUGCGAGGCGCUGCCUUUCGCGGCGUUCGCGUCGCUGCUGGUGGAGACGGUGGCGCGGCUGGACAGCGUGAUGGAGGAAGUGGAGGAGCUGGGGAGGGUGGCUUGUUUCAAGGAGUACAAACGUGAGGAUGAUGUGGUUGUGACUGUGAAAUGUGAGACGCCUAGGGUGAACGUUUGUCUCCAUAACUUGCCCUCACAUGGAGUAGACUGAUUGAACUGUCGAUUAAUUGAUUGGGGUUUUUUUGGGGCUGUGUUAUUAUUGGUUUGGUAAUGUGUACAUAGCUGCAGACAUAGAACUGAUAUUGUAUCAUCAUUGGUCUUUGUCUGCAGACAUAUCUAAUAAACAAUUGGGAGUGUUUAGCAUUUUGGUGGAGAAAUUUAUAGACAGAUGAUCAGAG